UUACUGCAGUUACUGCGUCUUAUAAUAAUAGUGAUUAUUUUGGUCUUUAUGGUAAUGAUAGUUUGUUUGGUCCUUAUAAUGGUGGCUCGUCUGGUCCUUAUGGUGAUUGUGAUUCAGCUGAUCCUUUUGAUAAUAGUGAUUCAUUUGGUACUUCUGGUGAUGAUAAGAUUGUGGAUGAAA